AUGGCGGUACCACUUGACCGCCCCAAUCCAUUUCUGGCCGAGGAUGCUCUCGCUUGCAGUCUAUCUGGACGAUUGCAGUCGAAAUCACGUUCUACAAUCUUCAAGCUGGCGAGUGCUGAAGUGCUCAACUUUAAUGACAACCUGGCCGGGUUCUUUCGCGGCGUCCCGAACGAGAUAAUCUACCAGAUUUUCCACCAGCUCGACCUUGUCUCGCUUGCCAAUCUUGCAUGUACAAGCAAGGGCAUGGGACGUGUAGUUCGCAGCCUGCCGGAGCUCCGUCCUUUACUCAGCUGCGCGCCAGAUGCCAUGAGAGCGGUCACUGCAGCCAAGGUUGGCCACAGACUCGUCUGCUCCGACAUGUACAGGAAGCUCGUCAAACCUGACUGUGAUGAUUGCAGCUGUCCUGGAGAAUAUUUGCAUCUUCUAUCAUGCAGACGUCUUUGCUUUCAGUGCCUGAGCGACAACCCACGAUACCGCGCGUUGCGUCCCAUGCAGGCCGUGGAACAGUACAAUCUGCCCAUGUGCCACGUCGUGAACCUCCCUACUCUUGUGGUUCCUCCUUACUCGGCUGAAGGGUAUAAAUUGCGCUGCAGGAGACGUAAAUUGCAAAUCAACACCACUGGAUGGAAGUUGAUCGAUAUGGCAGAUGUCGACCGUCUCAGCAUUGAAACCCAUGGCUCGGUCGACAAUGCCAAACGACGAGCCUUUGAACGACUGACAAAGCUGCGCUCCCGCUUGGAAUGGAACCCCAUGUCAAAUGAAGAUUGGCUGAAAUCAAGGGGCGCCUGGCGCCGCGGACUUCGCAUGGCCUGUCGGCGACAUCGGCUGAUCCCUCUGAGAGAAGAAGACUUCGAGGGCCGCCUCGGGGCUCAUAUCUUGCCUGACGUCGAGUCUGCCUACUCAACUUCAACACUUUUUCCCUGGUUUGACAUAUCUACUGACUUCUUCGGUUGUCCUGGCUUGUGCGAGCUGUGCCGUGAUGCCGGCUUGCCUCUACACCAGUGUUUCUACACCAUCCCUGGUCGUGACUGUCACAUGGAAAAACACACUACCUGA